UUUACCCCCGUAGUCCCUCUUCCCUUCUCCAAGCUUUCAUCUCUCCACGACUCCACCACACCUCUAUCUCUCUCUAAUCAUCUUAAUUAAGCGUUCUCUCUCUCUAAUCUCUCUCGCUCUCUCGAUUUCUCUGGUUACAAUCUCGUCAAUUCAGGAUUGCCGAAAUGGAGUCUUCGAAAGAGACCGGGUUCCAAGCUCCGGAAGGCCCUAUCCUUUGCAUCAACAACUGCGGCUUCUUCGGAAGUGCGGCCACGAUGAACAUGUGUUCCAAGUGUCACAAAGACAUGAUCUUGAAGCAGGAGCAGGCUAAGCUCGCUGCUUCAUCAAUCGAGAACAUUGUCAAUGGCGGUUCAAGCAGCAACGCCAAAGAAUCUGUGGGUGUCGGUGUGCUUCCUAACGCGAUCGACACCCAAGCUGGAAACUCCAAACCGAAGGCCGUCUCUCUGCAAGCCGCCGCACCCACCGAUCCAUCCACGGGUCCGACCCCAGAAGCGAAGACCAAACAAGGGCCGAGCCGGUGCACCGCCUGCAACAAGCGCGUGGGCCUAACGGGCUUCAGCUGCAAGUGCGGAAACCUCUUCUGCGCAACCCACCGCUACUCCGACAAACACAACUGCCCGUUCGACUACCAGAAUGCCGCCCGGGACGCCAUCGCCAAGGCCAACCCUGUCGUCGUUGCAGAAAAGCUUAAUAAGAUCUAGAAGCCGCCCCAACCUGAAAGCUGAUCACAACCACAAAUUCACAAUCCAAGCUUUUCAUGUGCCUGAAUCUGAGACAAGUGAAACCAAUCUGUUGGUAUAUAAGGCAGUCAAAAUGGGGGCAAGUUCAAUGAACUCCUUCUCUCAAGUCCUUUAUAUUCUUAAACUACCAGUGUGUAUAUCAUUAUUUGUGAUUGCUUUGGUGGACAUCCUCGUACGUGCUAUUUGUAAUUUCUCUGCUUGGCCUGCUUCUUUCACUUCCUGCAUGUAGUAAUUAGCAGCACCAUUAUUUAUGAGGGUGGAAUGAAAAAUAAAAAGGAAAAAGAAAAAAAGAAAUAAAGAAUGAAGUGCUUUGUAUUACUUA